GGAACGCCUCUUUGGUGGGCGGAGAACUCAGUAGACGGCCGCCGAUUGGCUCCGCGUAUGGAGGGCGGAGCCUGAGCGCGGAGAGAGGGAAUUACCGUGAGCCGGUGAGUGGAAGCAACCUUCUCCUCCCCGGCAGGCGCCUUCCCGACGCCGGAGUCCGGAGGUGAGCGAGUCCAGCCCGGACCCAGGGAUUGCUUCUCACGGUGGGCUGCUCACCAGCCUCGGAGCCCACGGGGGCCCGCCCCCUCAUCGAGCACGUGACACAAGUUCCGUAACCCCUGACCUCCCCACUCGACCCCACGCCCUCUGGAUCUGGGUUGGAGGUAGGUGGGUGGGAAGAAUGCGCAACCUAGAAGCCCUUGGAAGUCGGUUCCCACGCCUCCUGGUCAGGAGGACUUGGAACUGAGGUUGUGCAGGACAGGAGACUAAGGAGUGGGAGACCUUGGUCACAGACUGGAUUUUGUGAGGUCUCAACAGGGGAACAUAAUAGAGAAACUCCCUUCUGACUUUCCACUUGAGCAAGACUGAAUGCUACCAUUUUACAGAUGGGAAAACUGAAGCAUACUCAUUCAGUGCAAGUGUGAAUGGGGGCAUAGUGUGUGCUGAUCCUGCUGGAGGCUUGGGAUGCACAGUUCCACUGGAGCCAUGUCAGAAAGAGAAGAGAGGCGGUUUGUGGAGAUCCCUCGGGAGUCAGUCCGGCUCAUGGCAGAGAGCACCGGGCUGGAGCUGAGUGACGAAGUGGCCGCUCUGCUUGCUGAAGAUGUGUGCUACCGUCUCAGAGAGGCCACCCAGAACAGCUCUCAGUUCAUGAAACACACCAAACGAAGGAAGCUGACAGUGGAGGACUUCAACAGGGCUCUCAGGUGGAGCAGUGUGGAGGCUGUGUGUGGCUAUGGGUCCCAGGAGGUGUUGCCCUUGCGCCCUGCAAGGGAGGGGGAACUCUACUUUCCAGAGGAUCGAGAAGUGAACCUGGUGGAGCUGGCACUGGCCACUAACAUCCCCAAGGGCUGUGCAGAGACAGCCGUCAGAGUUCAUGUCUCCUAUCUGGAUGGCAAGGGAAAUCUGGCACCUCAGGGAUCAGUGCCCAGUGCAGUGUCUUCACUGACAGAUGACCUGCUCAAAUACUACCAGCAAGUGACACGGGCUGUGCUGGGCGAUGAUCCACAGCUGAUGAAGGUUGCCCUCCAGGACCUGCAGACAAACUCCAAGAUUGCAGCACUCCUGCCUUACUUUGUUUAUGUGGUCAGUGGGGUAAAAUCUGUAAGCCACGACCUGGAGCAGCUGCACCGACUACUGCAGGUAGCACGGAGCCUGAUACGGAACCCACACCUCUGCUUGGGGCCCUAUGUCCGAUCUCUGGUGGGCAGCGUGCUUUACUGUGUCUUGGAGCCACUGGCUGCCUCCAUCAACCCUUUGAAUGACCACUGGACUCUGCGAGAUGGGGCUGCCCUCCUACUCAGCCACAUCUUCUGGACUCAUGGAGACCUUGUAAGUGGCCUCUAUCAGCAGAUUCUGCUCUCCCUGCAGAAGGUCCUGACAGACCCUGUACGGCCUCUCUGUUCUCACUAUGGGGCAGUGGUAGGGCUGCAUGCUCUAGGCUGGAAGGCAGUGGAGCGAGUCCUCUACCCACAUCUGCCUACUUACUGGACAAACUUGCAGGCUGUGCUGGAUGACUAUUCCGUAUCUAAUGCCCAGGUCAAAGCAGAUGGGCACAAAGUAUAUGGAGCUAUUCUGGUAGCCGUAGAGCGACUACUUAAGAUGAAAGCCCAGGCAGCAGAACCCAACCGCGGUGGCCUUGGCGGGAGAGGGUACCGUCCUGCGGAGGACCUGCCUUGGGACAGCCUUCUCUUACAAGAGUCUCCCCCUGGGGGCGGUUCCGAACCAGGUUUUGGGUCUGGCCUCCUGCUGCCGUCAGGGGUUGCGGGAUCAGAGGAUCCUUCUUCCUUGACCCUAGCAGACAUCUACCGUGAACUAUACUCCUUCUUUGGUGACAGCCUGGCCACCCGCUUCGGCACUGGCCAGCCUGCUCCCACGGCCCCACGACCGCCCGGAGACAAGAAGGAGCCUGCAACUACCCCGGAUUCAGUGCGGAAAAUGCCGCAGCUGACUGCCAGCGCCGUGGUCAGCCCUCAGGGUGACGAAAGCCCAUGCGGUGGAACCCUCGCCGCCGCCAACGCCACCUCGGAGAGCAGGCCGCUACCUCGUGUACACCGGGCGCGAGGCGCUCCUCGUCAGCAGGGUCCCGGCGCGGGAACGCGAGACGUCUUCCAGAAGAGCCGCUUCGCGCCCCGCGGCGCCCCUCACUUCCGGUUUAUAAUCGCAGGGCGUCAGGCCGGGCGGCGCUGCCGCGGGCGCCUCUUUCAAACUGCUUUCCCUGCACCGUAUGGGCCCAGUCCCGCGUCCCGCUACGUGCAGAAGUUGCCCAUGAUCGGCCGUACUGGCCGCCCGGCCCGCCGCUGGGCGCUCUCAGACUAUUCGCUGUACCUGCCGCUAUGAGGCUGCUAAGCCUCCGAGAAUAAACCCGCACCCGGAA